AUCGUCUUUGGUUAAGCUUCAUCAACAGAGGAAUAUACCAAAUUCCUUUCCACAUAAACAGAACAAUCCAUAUCCACGGAUAGUUUUGUCUCCACGAGAUUCCGUCUCCCAAUCCGCGAUGACCUUACGAAUGUGCCGCAACGGCGCUUCUUCGCCCAAAGCAUAUAUAGUUUGACUGCAAAACAGAAAACCCAUUUCGUGAAGGCAAAGCUUGUACAUAAAAGCAGAGGGGUUUUCUCUAAUUGCACCAUCAGAGCGGGACAGAAAAGGAUCGGAGGGAAGCUGGGGCCGAUCGCAAUGGGUUCAAGAUUUCUGAGGUUGUCUGUUUCCUCUUGGAUAAAUGGUUAUCUUCUGUUUGACUGUGGAAAAUAUCUAUCAGGCUUUGCUCCUAUCAUAUUUCUGUCACUGGUGGCUGUGUGUGCUGCAAGGCCACUUUACCCUCUACCCAGCAAGCUAGCUCAGGGUGCCAAACAGCCUCUACAGACUUCUCGGCCUUAUAAUAUUGCGCAUCGAGGAUCGAAUGGAGAAAUCCCUGAAGAAACAGGACCUGCUUACAUGGUACAGAGCCAUCGAAGAGGGGCAGAUUUCAUAGAAGGUGACAUAUUAGCCACAAAAGAUGGUGUUCUGGUUUGCGCACAUGAUCUUAUACUUGAUGACACCACCGAUGUUAAGGAGCACAAGAAGUUUGCUGAUAGGAGGAGGACCUAUAUGGUUCAAGGGUCAAAUAUGACGGGCUAUUUCAUUGCUGAUUUCACUCUUGAAGAACUGAAGACAUUGCGGACAAAGCAGAGGCUCAAUUUCAGAGAUCCACAAUAUAAUGGUGGGGGUGCCUUCUCUUUGAAUGAGUUGGCCCUUCUAGCUUUUUGGGGAAAAUAUCCUAUUAUCACCUUUGAAGAGUACAUUUCAAUUGCACUGGAUGCUCCAAGAGUGGUAGGGAUAUAUCCUGAGAUGAAGAACCCAGUGUUCAACAAUGAGCAUGUAAAAUGGUCUGGGGGUCGAAGAUAUGAAGAUGUUUUCAUGGAGACACUCAAAAAGUAUGGUUACAAAGGUUCAUACUUGUCAAAAGAUUGGCUGAAACAACCAGUGUUUAUUCAGUCUUUUGCCCCAACUUCACUUGUGUAUGUCUCAAACUUGACCGAUAUCCCAUUGCUCUUCCUCAUUGAUGACGUCACUGUUGUAACUGAGGAUACCAAUCAGCAUGACUAUUUUAGUAACAAUCUGCAGACUUACUCCGAAAUCACCUCUGAUGCCUAUCUGAACUAUAUUAAGAAUUAUGUGGUGGGGAUUGGACCUUGGAAAGAUACUGUAGUCCCUGUUGCGAAUGAAUAUCUGCAAGCACCUACUGAUCUAGUCGCAAGAGCACAUGCCCGUAACCUGCAGGUGCAUCCCUACACUUACAGAAAUGAAAACAAGUACUUGCACUUCGACUUUCAUCAAGACCCUUACCAAGAAUAUGAUUACUGGAUCAACAAAAUAGGAGUCGAUGGACUGUUCACGGAUUUCACAGGAAGCCUUCACAGGUAUCAGGAAGCUUCAUCACCUCUUCCUAAUGCCAAGGCAUCUUCAGUGCUGCACAAGAUAGCUGCUUUGGUCUCUUCCUACAAAAAUGGAUGAGAAUGAAGGUCCAAAGAAGCUCGAAAAGUAGGAAACUGUUUGUUUCCAAUCGGUUUCUUUACAAGAUUUGUUCAUUCACGUUGUGUAUAUAGGGUUAUUGAAGGACCACAUUUAAGAAAAGAAAAAAAAACUAGCAGUGAUCAUUGUUGUGGCAGUCGAUCAUUUAUUUAUGCUCUUUAUGGGAGACAGAAUAUGCCUCAUUCUUGGUAACCAACCAUAAGGCAAAGCAAGCCUGUUCCUGUAAGCUUCCAGUUUUUCUUUUCUUAUUGGGACUUGGAGGGUAUAUCUCCAAGUCUCUCGACUCAAACAGUUAUCAGAACUCGUAGCAUUGGAAAGAAUGAAAAGUUCAUUGUAGCUUUACCAUCCCCUCAUAUAAAAUGCUGAAAGCUAGGAAAUGUAUUUAUGAACUCAUUUUGUUGCUUCAUUGAGAUGACUGCUGAAACAAAGGAUCGAUGAUUAGCAGGAGCAAGAGGGUUGAAGAAAAGGACUACUGGUUUCUGUUCUUUCUUUUUUCCAUUCAUAUAUGUUGAAUAGUUGUGGUGGCUACAGUUUGCGGGGGUGUUUGUUAAUUAUGGUAGAAAAUAC